CAAAGUUUGAACAUCAGUGCAUCGGCGCGCAACAGUCGCGAUGCGCGUGCUCAGCUCGGCGGCUUGCUUCGUGCUCCUGAUGUGUCAUACGACCCUGGUAUAUUGUCACCAAGAGGGGUACUACGCUGAGGAAGGUUAUCCUGAUGACAUUUUGGACGUCGAGGAGAGCGCCACCGCGUGCCCGACGGAGCGCGUGCUGCGCGCGCGUGAGACGUGUCGCACCGACGGCGGCGCCGAGAUGGAGUGCAUCAGGCUGCACUGCUGCGACACUCACCGACACGUCGCCGGACGAUGCAUCCCCAACAACGUGGAGCCCUGCAGUCUGAACUUGUGUGAACAAGCGUGCGAGGAACGCGGAGAGAGACUGUGGUGCUCCUGUCACGCAGGAUAUCGGUUCCACGCAGAAAAUUAUCGUCGUAGGACGCAGCCAUACUGUGUUGACAUAGACGAAUGCGCUCAUAACAAAGGCGGGUGCGAGGACCGCUGCGUGAACGACCCAGGCGGGUUUCACUGCGAGUGCCCGUCCCCACAAACCCUGGCUAGCGAUGGUAGGAGCUGCGCGCGCCCCAUUGUGAUGCCUGUGCCGUUGCAGGAACCGCUGCCCCUUAUUCGUGCGUCGUCUCGGUGCUACGCACCAUGCGACUCCGUGUCCUGGCUGUCGCGGAAAGUCCGUUCCCUCACCGACCAGCUACACUCAACCCAGGCCGCCUUGAAGAAGUUAAUGGACCAUCCAAUUUUUAAAGAAGAUGCUGACCAAUUUUCUGACUACGCAUACAGGAUGCUUGAUGCUACUGCGCCGUUAGAGGGAGGUUACUGUCGAUGCGAGAGAGGACCUAGAGGUCCACCCGGUGCUCCAGGCGUCGAGGGUCCUAAAGGCGACGCCGGCGCCAGAGGGCCCAGGGGCGCCCGUGGACCUAAGGGGUCCAUGGACUUGAUGCUCCUCCUGCUGGCCGAUAUCAGACAUGACAUCAACAACUUGGAGGCUAGAGUGUAUAAGGAGGGAGAACAUCCAGAGCGGUUUGACCUGCAAAAGGCGUGGCGCCGGCAGCGGAAGCAAGAGAGGCUGGACAAGGAGCGUAGAACCGAUCAGGAGUUAGAAGCCUACACCAUCCCACCGGUAGUGACUACGAAGGGACCGGUGGAAAUUUCGCCAAAUGGAUUAAACGGCGAAAUCACUCACGACUCGGACUCAGAGAGCACCACAGACUGGUCAAUGGUGAAAGGAGAAACGGACCCCUCAGACCUUAGCAUGAAAUUUCUAGAUAUGGACGAGAAGCUCCUGGAGUUCCACCUGCUGGCUAACUCCACGCACCCUGAAGACGACGAGGAUUUGGACACCGAUUAUGAGUACAGUUUUUACUAGGAUUACAUAUUUAAAA